AUGUUCACAGGAAUAGUCGAGACGCUGGCGCCCAUCGUCGACAUCCAGGCGAUGGACAAGUCGACGUCGGGCGGCGGCGGCUACAGCAUGACGAUUGGCGAGUGCGCCUCGAUCCUGUCCGACUGCCACAUCGGCGACAGCAUCUGCGUCAACGGAACCUGCCUGACCGUGACCGAGUUUGACGCCGCCGCGGGCACGUUCAAGAUCGGCGUCGCGCCCGAGACGCUGCGGCGGACCAACCUGGGCGAUCUCAAGGUGGGCGACGGCGUCAAUUGCGAGCGGGCCAUGCAGGCGCACACGCGCUUCGGCGGCCACUUUGUGCAGGGCCACGUCGACACGACGGCCGUGAUCCGGAGCGUGGUGCCGACGGGCAACGCACUGACGCUGUGCCUGCGCCUCUCGCGGUCCGCCGAGCUGCCGCAGCCGUCGACGCUGUCGCCGUACCUGAUCCCAAAGGGCUACGUCACCCUCGACGGCGCCUCGCUCACCCUCAUCGACGUGUCGCCACCGCAGGGCGGCCGCCUCGACGAGGGCCACAGCGCAGGCGCAGGGCUCGCCGGCGAGACAACCGACGAGGCAGGCGGUGCCGUCGAGCCGCGCGAGGUCGUCGAGUUCAGCGUCAUGCUCAUCAAGCACACGCAGGACGCCAUUGGGCUCAGCCGCAAGAUGCCCGGCCACAAGGUUAACGUCGAGCUCGAUAUGGUGGGCAAGUACGUGCACCGGGCCGUGCUGGGCGGCGCGGCAGCCACCGAUGACGGCGGCGCUGGUGGCGACGAGGCGUCGACAAGCGACCCGCUCACGGUCCUCGUCGAGCGGACGGUGCGCAGGGUGCUUGCGGAAAAGUAG